UGCAAUUUAAAUUCAGAUCUUUAAAGUAUAAAGUUUAACAGUGAAUCUGUAAAAACUGUUUUAAAGAACUAUACAACGGACGGAGAUAUUUGAAAUAUGGAACACGCCCCUGAAGAUGAAAUGCGUAUAGUGUUACUUGGAAAGACGGGAAGUGGAAAAAGUAUAACGGGAAAUGUUAUUUUAGGAAAGAAGGAAUUCCAAUUCGGAUGCAGAACUGAUUCAAUAACAAAAAAGUGCCAAUUAAGGAUAACAAAUAGAUUUGAACGGGAAAUUAAAGUGUUGGACACUCCAGGGGUGUUUGACACAAAGAAAAAAAAUGAAAGCACUCAAGAAGAAAUAAAAAGAUGCAUUUACCUUACAACGCCGGGUCCACAUGCCAUCAUCUUAUGUGUACCCAUUGGGCGGUUUACUGGAGAAGAUGUAAAUACUGUCAAUCAUUUUGUUAGCCAUUUCGGUGAAGCCUUGAUGCAGUAUGUUAUAGUCUUGUUUACCAGACUUGAUGACUGGAAACGUGAUGAAGGAGUUGAAGGCACUAAUAUUGAUUUGUUUAUAAAAACAUUGGUAGAAUGUCCCAGAAACUUUCUUCAAAAAUGCAAUAAUCGGUACAUUGCAUUCGACAAUACUUUAGAGGGCAAUCAAGCAGAUGAGCAAGUAAAAAGAUUAAUAAAUCUUAUAGAGAAAAUGGUGGAGGAUAAUGGAGGAUCCUAUUAUACAAAUGAUGACUACGCAAAAGCAGAGAAAAUUCUCCAGGAAAAAAUUGCCGAAGAGAAGGAUAAAAAGAAUCGAGAAAUACUUGCAGAACAACACAAAAUACGACAAGAAGUAGAUGCUGAAGUACGGAGUGGUUAUGAAAGCCGUUUACAGGAACUUAGGAAUCAAAUCGAAAACAUUAAUCGUCAGAAUUAUAUACGUAUAUACGAACGGGGUCCAUCAUGUUCUAUCCAAUAAUGGACGAUCAGUAACUACAAUUUGUAAUAAAUACAAUUAGUACAAGACAUUUCAUCAACAAUAAUAGGGGUGACUCCACACUAGAUUAAGCUUGGAGUACACACAAAUUUAUUUAUGAUUUUGAUCAAUUUGCAAAGUUUAAUAAGCUUUGUUUUCUUUUUUGAUGACAUCAAUAAUUUAUACUUUAAGAUAUUUGGUUUGGUGUAACUAUAUUUUUGUAUGUAUUUUUUCCUCUCCUGUUAAAAAAAUUGACAUUCCAAAAUAAAGUUUUUUUACACAGA